GUCAUCUCCCAAACGCCCUGCUGAAAUGCUGGGGCCACCACCUCCGAGAAGGCACCGGGAGAGCAACCUUGGCACGCCAGGGAAAUGUCUUUAGUUCUAGAACCUCUAGUCUCCUAGCAACGGAACCAUAGAACUUCUGCAAGCAUUUAGGUGAUGGCAUCCACAUCUGCCAGGAGUGGGGAGAAAAAGGACAGCUGGCUAUCUCAAGCUGCGGCCUCCUUAGGCGGAGGGCAGAAAACCUCAUUAUCCCGAUCUGAAGAAUUCCUGACCCAGAUCAGCUCUGAACUUGCAGAUGAAGCACUGUUUAUCGCUCACUCCCACAUGAAUCCUGUGCCCGUCAAGGAAAAGCAGACAAAAGACCAAGGGACUCAGAUAUCCAGACAUGUGUUCUUCACCAAGACCCGAGGCACAGACACCCGCUCUGACAGAAAUCGCACCCGGACCAAGGCACACCUUCUGCCGUCUCCUCGUGAAAAGGCACCAGGCAUACAAGUGAUACACAAACCUACAUUCAGGCAAAACACCAUCACACAGUCCAUCACUCAGGAGGCAGAAGCAAGUGAAUCCGUAUGAGCUCCAGCCCAGCCUGGGCUACAGAGGGAGAUCCAGGGAGCACUCCCCACCAGCCUGACAACUGGAGGAUGAGCCCAGUCUUCCCUGGCUGCUGCUCUCUCGGCCUCUCGCCCUCCCCUCCCACUUUGCCCCUCAGUGAAAGCCUCAAAGCUCCUCUUUUGCAACUGACUAAAGACCUCAUCUUGAGAGGAACUCCUGGUCAUAAGCAAUGCCACUUUUGAAAUCAUCGAGAUCUUCUGGAGCUGUCAUAGGUAGAAACCACCACGGGCAAACACACCACUGAGGAGAAAAGUUUUUUAAUAAAAAGCCAGGGAUCCGCCCUUCCCCAAAGGUUGGCAGUAUUCUAGAGUGGCUUUCGGAGGGGGCACACCUUUCUUCCAGAGGGGGGAUGGUGCAUGCCAGCAUAUUCCUGGAAUUUGGUUGUCUGCCACCUGCUGGACCCAAACCCAUUCUCCAGUAGCUCCUGGCUUCUAAUGGGUCACUCUUGCCACUAAGGAGAGCCUUUGCUGUCACCUCAGAUUCUGAGGGCCCUGGGCCUUUGCUUGUCCCUCUGAGCUUGUGAGCUCUCAUGUUUAAGAGAAUGCUGAUUUGUAACCAGACAGAAGGUGACAUGGACAGCUCUGACGAGUUUCUGUUUCAGGCCCAGUUUGGCUACUUAUUUGUUCCUCUGAGGACGUCUAUUCACCUCUUUUAAUUGAAAACUGUAAUCAGUCCUUAAUCCUAGCACUCCGGAGGCAGAAGCAGGCGGAUCUGUGGGCGAUCAAGGCCAGCCUGGUCUAUGGAGUGAGUUCCAGGACAGCCAGGGCUACGUGGAGAAACCCUGUUUCAAAAACCCAACCAACCAACCAAACAACCAAACAAACAAACAACCGUGAGUAGUAAAUUACCCACAAGUUCUUUACGAGGAUUAAACAAACAAACAAACAAAAAAAAAAACAAUGUAAAAUAGAUUGAUCCCUCUUAAUCCCCAAUAAUCCCAGCACUCAGUAGGCAGAGGCAAGAAGAUUGCUUCCAGUUCAAGGUAUCAAGCCAGUGUGAACUUCACAGCAAUGUCUGGUCUCAAAAACAGAAGGGGGCAGGGGCAGGGGGCAGUGGUGCACGCCUGUAAUCCCAGCACUCAGGGAGGCAGAGGCAGGUGGAUCUCUGUGAGUUAAAGGCCAGCCUGGUCUACAGAGUGAGUUUCAGGACAGGCAGAGCUAGAUAGUGAAACCCUUUUUCAAGAAAAGGAAAGGAAAGGAAAGGAAAGGAAAGGAAAGGAAAGGAAAGGAAAGGAAAGGAAAGGAAAGGAAAGGAAAGGAGAAAGGAAAGGAGAAAGGAAAGGAGAAAGGAAAGGAGAAAGGAAAGGAGAAAGGAAAGGAAAAAGGAAAGGAAGGGAAAAAGGAAAGGAAGGGAAAAAGGAAAGGAAAGGAAAAAGGAAAGGAAAGGAAAAAGGAAAGGAAAGGAA